UCAAAUCAACGUAUGCAUACAGUAGUGUUUAAAGGAUACAUAACAUACCUGUUUUCCUAUUGCUUUUCUAAAUAGAGCAUGACACUUUAGAAGACGAACCACGUGUUAAUCGACAAUUUCAUAUUCUGUCAGUGCUCAAUUAUACAAAUUUAAUGAUGCGACACACGCCCUGAUAUGCACGACAUAACAUUUCGUUAUAUAGUAGCCUUUUGUAUAUGUUGAUACGAUUCCGGGUUACUGCAGUCCUGUGGCAAUGUCGCCCGUUCUUGGAAGACUAACAUCUACUAUAGCGCCGGAUACUUUCUUUCGUAGUUAUUUACCCAUUCGCAACGGAUGUACACGUUUCUAGCAUCGUGGAUGAAGCCAUGCAUGCAUCUAUAACUAAUGGCGUGCUGCUUGGAUAGAUAAACAGUCUAAUUUGUGUUGUUCUGUGUAUGAGGACGUCCGGACAUCAAAUACAAGAUAUCCUAAUCCUCAACUUUGCCGAUGUCAGUAUGAACAGACGAUUGAGACAUUGUCAGCGUCCACUAAAGCUGACACUGCUGGUGUUCUACAUAGGAUUGGUGCUGUUUUCUAUAUUUAACUACCGUAGUAACUGUAUUUACACGAGUCCGGAGUCUCUGAUCCGGUCAAACCUCAUCAGCCGUGUCAAAACCGCACAUAUAUGUCGGAUAAAUUUUGAUAAACUCGAUGUGGUGGAUAUAGAUAUUUUCUCUGAACCAUCUUUCGAACUCAUUAAGGAGAGAAAUCAGCAUGUUUUUCCAGGCGGAUAUUGGAAACCUGAGAUAUGUGAAUCAUUGCAGAGGGUUGCUAUCAUAAUUCCUUAUAGGAAUCGUCUCCACCAUCUAAAGCUCCUGUUGAACAGAAUACACACGUUACUAAGGAAACAAAAUAUUGAAUAUCAAGUGUUCGUGGUAGAACAGGCUGGAAAUGAUAGUUUCAAUAAAGGGAAGCUGAAUAACGUUGCUUUCACCGAGGCGACAAAGAUGGAAAAUUUUGAUUGCUUUAUAUUCCACGACGUUGAUUUCCUCCCUGAAAACGACAAAAACCUUUACAUGUGUGAUGACCACCUCCGUCAACUCUCUUCAGCUAUUGACGAAAACAGAUAUCAUGUCAUGUUCUAUAACAACGCUGGCGGUGUUAUUGCCAUGAAGUCUGAAAACUUCCGAAAAAUCAAUGGCUUCCCAAACUCCUACUGGGGCUGGGGUAACGAAGACGACGACUUUUCAGCGCGGACACGAGAGGCAGGGAUGCUGAUCACUCGACCGCCAGAACACAUUGGAAUGUUCAAGGCGGUGCGACAUGUGAAAGAAGUUAGAUCUGAGAACGGAUAUGAUGCAUUUCUUGGUUGGCGAGGAAGAUGGAUGAAUGAUGGCCUAAACUCACCUUCCACGAUGAAAUAUACAAUAAUCCAGCUCACACGACUACCCCUGUACACAAACAUCACUGUAGACAUAGGCCCCUCCGAGGGGCACCGGGUAGACAUCAACAAGGACACCACGCGAGAAUCGAUAUGGUGGUUUUUGAAGUUCUACUUUCCAUAAAAGAAUAUUAAGACUUUGAGUUAUACAAAAACGGUUGUCUAAUGAUUUAUGUGUAAAACAUUUCAUGAGAGAGCUGAACUUGAGACAUAGCAGGGACGUGGUGAAUUCACCUCUGUCAUAACCUGAGCAUAGGAAGUACAAGCAUCUACACUGUUUCUUGCAUUUUGCAGAUUGCUAUAAAGCAUUUUUUUUAAAGUUGCUAAUUUAUUCACUGCAUUCAUAUUUUUAUUCAGGUUUUUAGUAAAAAUUCUAUUUCUUAAUAUGUAAUGCCGCAUUUGAUUAAUUUGGUAGCAAAGUGAAUUGAAUAAUAUAAGUUCCUUCCAUUCUCUGUAUUUCUUGUUAUUUAGGACAAAAGUAACACGCCCUAUAAUGGAAUUUUAACACAUUAUAGUCUAGGUGUAGCUUUUGCUUAUUGCUGCUGACAAUGGAAUAAAGCGACAGGAAAACUAAGAAAAUAGCUAGGAGUUGAACCCGGGACCUAUGUUUGACUAGUCUGCGCUCUACCGAAUCAGCGCACGAGAUAAUUUUCCUAACCCAAUAGGUAUGAGUAUGAUAGUACGUACCAAAGUGACAGGUAUACCACAGUUCACUAGACUAGCAGACGACACGUGCUAACAUUAAGUAUUGGAUUUAAAGACUCAAGAACAAACAUUCGAGUAAGCUUCUUGUACACAUCACGAUAUAAUGUUCUCACUUUGAUGACGUGGCAUUAACUGGAUUUGCUGCAACUUUACCUGGCAGGUGUCGUUACCUAAGCUAAAGACCUCUCUCCUUUCUUGAAUAAAAUCCUGGUCUUAUUCCCU